UUCGAAUCAGUCUAGUGCUCAUGUGCUUUAAAAUCAAGAACAAUUGCUAUUUGAAAUUGCAACAUUCAUUUACAACUGCAUCACUUGUUGGCAGCAGCACGAAAUCGCAGUGUUCAAAGUUGCUAAACACUUGUAAUAGCAGCAACUCCGGCGUCCACGCCAACAACUGCCGCGUGCACGGAAGCAACGAGCGGCUUGAGCCCGAACUUAAUAAGCCAAAACUCGUGAUAAAAGCACUGACAUCGAUUAAUUGGAGCAUUUUUAAACCUAAUUCACUUUUUAUAUAUGAAAUGAAUACACGCCGUCGGUCCAUAGCUCCACCACCGAACGUUUACGCCAUCAAUGCCAAAAUAUGUCAUUUGGUGAAACUACAUCCUUGUCUUUACGAUCGUCACGAUGACAACUACUUGCGGAAAUCGACUGUGAAAAAUGCGUGGAAGGAAAUAUCCAAUGAGAUGCGAAAUUCGGUUAAAAGCUGCAAGGAACGUUGGCGCAACAUUCGCUCCAGCUAUGCCCGCUCAAUAAAGUUGCAUCACGGUGCGAAUACGUACUAUCUUAACAGCGAGCUGAAGUUCCUGCAAAAGCACAUCACUCCCGGAGUGCCCGUUCCGCUCAGAGGUCGUAGGUCAAGACCCAAGGGACAGGAGGAGCACGACGAAGGGGAUCCCGAAACUCCCGUAGAGGCAAUCCUCGAGAUGGUGCACUCCCCGAGCUUUCUGAAUUCGGAGCAUGCGCAGAGCCGUCACAGCACCGACCCUGCAUCGGCGACGGACGUUGAGGCAACACAAUUUAAUAAUGAACCAUCAUCAAUCAUGGAUUUCGAGGACACGGUCCCGGCAGAAAUGCGCACAGAGAGCGACAGCAGUGAGAAGGAGGCCAAGGUGGGAGAAAUUACUUUAUAUAGAGUGCCAUUGCUUGAAUUCCCCAAAACAUCAACCCGCUGUAUUGAAGCAUUGCCAAUCAUGGAUUUCGAUGACGCAUUCCUGCAGGGACUGCGUCCCGAAAUCAAGCACAUGAACUUCCACCAGAAGCUGUACUUCAAGCGACGUGUGUACGACCUGCUUGGCGAGAUAUUCCAUUCCGAGCAGUCAGCCUCAUCAACCCACCCAGCGCAGCCGCAUCCCAGGGAGAAUGUCAAUGGAACGCUAUCCACUACCUCGAGUCUCUCCUCGGCGAAUCCACUACAGCACAUGGGACUUAUGCUGCAGCUGCCAAAGCUGGUGUCCAAGGCAUCCAAAGAUUUGUAGCUUGCGAACUGCUCAUUGAACAGCUUUAAUACACUGAUAUCAAAUUUAUGUACAGUACAUAGGACAAAUAACAUUUUAAGUUGUUUUUAGAAAUGUUCCCAUAAUGUAUAAACAGAAAAAUGUGAAGUUGAAACUAAAUAAAUAAAUUUUUCUAAAUUU